AUGAGCCAGCCAAACAUCACCCUUUACACAACCCAGACCCCUAAUGGGAUCAAGAUCUCCAUCGCUUUGGAGGAGCUUGGUUUGCCAUACAAGGUCGAGAAAAUCGACAUCUCGAAGAACACACAAAAGGAAGAAUGGUUCACCAAGAUCAACCCCAACGGCCGCAUCCCCGCUUUGACGGACACCUUCAGUGAUGGCCAGGAAAUCCGUUUGUUCGAAUCUGGCAGCAUUCUGGAGUACUUGGCAGAGCAAUAUGAUACCGACCACAAGAUUUCUUUCCCCAAAGGCACACGGGAGUACUACGAGAUGAAAUCUUGGUUAUACUUCCAGAAUGCAGGCCUGGGACCCAUGCAAGGUCAAGCCAAUCAUUUCUCACGGUAUGCGCCCGAGCGCAUUGAGUAUGGUGUGAACCGAUACGUCAACGAGUCUCGUCGUUUGUACGGUGUGCUGGACAAGCACCUUGCUGAGUCCAAGUCCGGGUAUAUUGUCGGUGAUCACGUCUCGAUCGCUGAUAUCUCACACUGGGGUUGGGUGGCGGCUGCGGGAUGGGCCGGAAUUGAUAUUGAGGAGUUCCCCAAUGUCAAGGGGUGGGAGGAGCUGAUGGCACAGCGAUCGGGCACCGAGAAGGGCCGCCAUGUCCCUUCCCCUCAUACCAUCAAGGAUCUCUUGAAGGAUAAGGCGGCGAUGGACAAGCAAGCUGCGGAGGCUCGGUCAUGGAUCCAGCAAGCAGUUAUGGCUUGGCGCAAUCAAGGAAUCACUGGUUCCAACAAUAUUCCGCUGGGGCGGCGACGCAUGGGUGCGGAUGGAGAGGAGGAAGGUGCCCCUUCAUCUAUGCCUCCCUCCAUGGGUCCUGAUGGCCCCAAGCGUGGCCGCAGCCCUGUCAGAGCCGAACCCGCCCUCGCCGCCGAUGGCACCAAGAGGCGCAAGAAGCGCAACCGUUGGGGCGACCAGCAAGAGAACAAGGCUGCCGGUCUCAUGGGCUUGCCGACCAUGAUCAUGGCGAACUUCACUAGCGAGCAACUUGAAGCUUACACACUUCACCUUCGUAUUGAGGAGAUCAGUCAGAAGCUUCGGAUCAACGAUGUGGUUCCAAGCGAUGGCGAUAGGUCUCCCUCGCCCCCACCCCAGUACGACAACUUCGGUAGACGUGUCAACACUCGUGAAUACCGUUACCGCAAGCGCCUCGAAGAUGAGCGUCACAAGCUGGUCGAAAAAGCCAUCAAGACCAUUCCUAACUACAACCCGCCCUCUGACUACAGACGCCCGACCAAGACCCAGGAGAAGGUCUACGUUCCCGUGAAUGACUAUCCAGAGAUUAACUUCAUUGGCUUACUUAUAGGACCCCGUGGAAACACCUUGAAAAAGAUGGAAACCGAGUCCGGUGCCAAGAUCGCAAUUCGAGGCAAAGGUUCCGUCAAGGAAGGAAAGGGCCGUUCUGAUGCCGCUCACGGUAGCAACCAGGAAGAAGAUCUUCACUGUCUGAUCAUGGCAGACACCGAGGAAAAGGUGAAUAAAGCCAAGAAGCUUGUCCACAAUGUCAUUGAGACCGCUGCUUCUAUCCCCGAAGGCCAGAACGAGCUCAAGCGCAACCAAUUGCGUGAGCUGGCUGCUCUCAACGGUACCCUCCGUGACGAUGAGAACCAGGCUUGUCAAAACUGUGGUCAAAUCGGACACCGCAAGUAUGACUGCCCUGAGCAGCGUAACUUCACCGCCAACAUCAUCUGUCGUGUCUGUGGCAACGCUGGCCAUAUGGCUCGUGAUUGUCCCGAUCGCCAGAGAGGCAGUGACUGGCGUAACGGCCCUAGCGCGGACAGACAGGGUCCUCGUGGUACUGGUACUGGCGAUGCUGUGGAUCGUGAGAUGCAGCAACUCAUGAACGAGCUGUCCGGUGGUGGUGCUCCUGGUGAAUACGAGCCCCGCCGUAUUGAAGCUGGCCCUGGUGGCCCCCCUAGUGGUCCCGCUGGUUACCCCGAUGAUCGUGAUGCCAAGCCCUGGCAGCAGCGCGGUCCGCCACCCCAGAGCGACGUGGCACCCUGGCAACAGCGCCGCGAACCCCGUCCCCGUGACGACUACGGCCGUGGUGAUUACGGAAGCCGAGAUGACUACGGUUCCCGCGGCCAAGGUGGCCCCGCCCCUUGGGCUAUGCAGAACCAGAGUCGCGACUAUGGCUACGGAUCCCAAGGUGGAUAUGCUCCUCCUGGAGCUGCCCCCGGUGCUCCUGGUGCCCCUCCCGGUGCCGCUCCUUGGCAACAACCAGCUCCCCCUGGUGGCCAACCUGCUUAUGGAGGAUAUGGCGGAUAUGCUGCCUACCCUCCUGGCAUGGGAGCUCCCGGUGCUGCACCACCUGGUAUGGGUGCGCCUCCUCCCCCUCCUGGCAUGGCUCCAGCGUACUAUGGAGCUUCUGGCAGUCCUCCCCCACCUCCUCCCCCUGGUGACGCACCACCACCACCUCCUCCCAGUGACCAGCCUCCCCCUCCCCCACCUCCCCAGUGA